AUGGCAGUUCAUGAAGCAAAUAGGUUUAGCUCAAAGCAUUUCUACUUGGCCGUGGAGCAUUCAGGUCUUGAGUUGAUUUCCUUAUCAAAUAAUGAGAUCAAUGGUUCCAUUCUACGAGAAAUAGGGAGGUUGAGUUCAAUUUCCUGCAUCUUUUUCUCUUAUAACCAUCUACGUGGUUCUAUUCCUGGAGAGGUUUGCAGCCUUUCCAAGCUCACUGGUCUUGGCUUGUCACAGAAUAAUUUCUCUAUAAGUAUUCCACCUAAAAUCGGAAGGUUGAGUUUACUUUCUCUACUUCUCUUUGAUGCAAACAAUCUCACCAGUCCAAUACCUAUUUCUAUUGGAAGCUUGCAUAAUUUGUCCCAACUUGUCCUAGUUGACAAUAGUCUCAAUGGUGCCAUACCUAGAGAAGUUGGGAUGACGAAGUUACUCAAUAUGCUUGAUCUUUCAAUAAACCAACCAACUGGUCCUGUCCCAACAUCUCUGGGAAACCUAAGGAACUUGUUGUUAAGUAAUAACCUCACUGGUGUCAUCCCUGCUUCCAUAAGAAACUUAACCAAAUUGUCUACUCUUUACCUUUUUGAAAAUAAGCUUUCCGGGUCAAUACCUCAAGAGAUAGGGAUGCUUGUAUCUCUUACAGAACUUUUUUUCUUUGAUAACAAUUUCUCUGGUUCAAUCCCUGCUUCCAUAGGAAACUGGACCAGCUUAUCUACUCUCUACCUUGAUCAAAAUAUGUUUUCUGGUUCAAUCCCUGCUUCAAUUGGAAACAUGACGAAGCUUGUGGGCAAUCUUACUCAUUUGGAAUCACUCCAAGUAUCGGACAACCAUCUCGGUGGUCCAUUACACGAGAAUGUAUGCUUCGGUGGACAACUCAUAUAUCUUGGGGCUAUCAACAACAAUUUGACGGGUCUGAACCCAUCAAGUUUAAGAAACUGCAAAAGCUUUUACAGAGUUAGGCUUAAAGGAAAGCAGUUGACAGGAAAUAUAUCAGAAGCUUUUGGUAUAUAUCCUAAUUUGAAUUAUAUUGCAUUAAGCAACAACAAAUUUUAUGGUGAACUUUCUUCGGGUAAUGCCAUAGUCUAA